UAUAGCUCUAUACACACAAUCAUGCCGCCCCGGCUCCAGGUCCUCCGGUUGGCCUCGUCGCUACUCCAUAGAACAAAUGUCCACUCUACCACGCCAUUGGUAGCGCCAUUCCUCCUUCCGACCCAGCAGCGCUACGCAUCCAUUCUAUCCUCGCUCUCAGAUACCCCAGGUGCAUACAAGAAGAAGAUUCGAAGAGGUCGCGGUCCAGCCUCCGGAAAGGGAAAGACUGCGGGAAGAGGUCAGAAGGGUCAACAUGCGCACGGAAAAGUUCCUGCUGGUUUUGAGGGAGGACAGACGCCGCUUUGGAAAACUACACCCGUGAGAGGGCGUGAUAAAUUUAAUGCAUUCAAAGUUGAAAUGUCACCUAUCAACCUCGAUCGUAUACAAUCCUGGAUAGACCAAGGCCGCCUCGAUGCAAGCAAACCUAUCACAAUGAAGGAAUUGGCAAAGUCACGGUGUCUACACGGCGUCAAGAAGCACGGCGUGAAGCUAUUAGGCAGGAACGCCAACCAGCUCACAUCUAAAAUCAACAUCAUCGUCUCGCGGGCAUCUGCUUCUGCAAUCGAGCAGAUCGAGGCCCUCGGCGGAACAGUCACCUCACGAUUCUAUUCACCCAUGUCUAUCAAGAGGGUCCUCCGCGGCGACUCUCACCCCGUUGUCUCUCUACAAGCGGACGCCGACCUCGUCACCCGCGCUGUUCCAGCCAAGGACUCCAAGAUCCUCAGAAGCGUGCUCGACACACCCGAUGCGCCCGAGGAAGUUAAGAACGAGGCCCUCCGAGCCGUAUUCUCCAAGGUAGGCGAGAAGUACAAGUACAGACUCCCGGAUGCGACAUCGAGAAAAGACAUCGAAUACUACAGAGAUCCCGCACACAGGGGCUACCUGGCGUACACCGUCAAGGAGGGCGAGAGUCCCAGUUUGUUCUUCAAGCCACCGGGCGAGGCCAAGGACAGGAAGAAGCAGGCCGCUAAGAGACAAGCUGCUAAGGCAAGCGCGGAGAACAGGCUUUUCUAAAAGUGUCUGGCGUGUUGUGUAUGUUCUCUUCGCACGGCGUGUAGGAUAUGAGCGGCCUGGUACAUGCCAUGUACAAUAUAGUAGCACGUAUGUAUGUAGAUUCUGUAACAUGAACGAACAUUUCCAAACCACUAUGUGUGCGAGCAAUUCCUUUUCCCUGUGGAAUAACUGAUAUCCUCUCACAAUCUAAAACGGCCGCUAUGACUAUCAG